CGCUGCUGAUGGAGGACGUGCUCGUUGCCACGGAAACGGGAUGCGUGCAGGAGACGAGCGCGUUGGAAAGCAUCUCCAGUUGCGUGCUGAUGUAGCGACAUCCUACUAACCUACAUUUCAACCUGAAAGAGGCAAUGGCGGCCAACGGAAGAUUUCCCCAUUGACAUAUGAUGGUCUACUGCGACGAACCGAAACAUAAACGUCCAAUAUGAAGAGUAUGGAGCUGGAAUUACAGUGUCCUGUGUGCAAGGACAUUGUGAAGCAGCCAAUUGUACUUCCCUGCCUGCACAGCGUGUGUCUCAUGUGUGCCUCUGAGGUGCUGGUUCAGAGCGGGUAUCCCCAGCCCGAGCUCCCCCCGGAGCCCAACUCGCCCGCUUCCACCCCCAACAUGCGGUCCCCGCGGCAGAUGCGGAGACCCUUACCCAAGUCUGACCGUGUGGACCGCCUGUUGCGCUCAGGCUCUGGGACGUACCCGGGGCGCAGGCGAAAGGAAGGCCCUGCACCUCUCAUGCUUUUCCCUUGCGCCCCCUGUGGGCGAGAUGUAGAACUAGGUGAGAGAGGAUUGGCUGAGUGCAUGAGGAACCUUACACUGGAGAGGAUUGUAGAAAGGUACAGACACACAGUGAGUCUGGGCAGUGUGGCUGUGAUGUGUCAGUUCUGUAAACCCCCACAGGCCCUGGAGGCCACUAAAGGCUGUUCAGACUGCAGAGCCAGCUUCUGUAACGAGUGCUUCAAACUCUACCACCCCUGGGGGACUCCCCGCGCCCAGCACGAACACGUGCAGCCCACCCUGAACUUCAGGCCAAAGGUGUUGACAUGUCCAGAACAUGAUCAGGAGAGGCUGCAGUUUUACUGUAAGUCCUGUCAGAUGCUUCUUUGUUCACUUUGUAAACUGCGCCGAGUCCAUACGGGUCACAAGAUCGCGCCCGUCACCCAAGCCUACCAGAGUCUCAAGGACAAGAUCACCAAGGAGCUGAACUACAUUCUGUCCAAUCAGGACAUGGUGUUGACUCAGAUCACUCAACUGGAGAAUGCUGUCACUCAAACUGAGGUGAACAACGUAUCAGCCAAAGAGCAGCUCUCUCUCUGCGUGAAGGAGAUAAUGGCGUUGCUAACCGAGCGUCAGACAAUGCUGGCUCAGGCUCUGGAAAGCUCGCGGCAGAGAAGGGCAGAGGCCUUGGCCAAUCAGGUGGCUGAAAAACGCAGCCUGCUGGAGCACGCCGGCUUGAUGGCUUUCACUCAAGAGCUGCUCAAAGAAAACGACCCAUCGAGUUUUGUGCACGCAGCCAGAUUAACACACAACAGAUUGGCCCAGUCUAUUGAAUCUAUGCAGCGUUUCUCUCUGUCUGCUGAUCCCUCGUUCCGUCACUUCCAGCUUGAUGUUUCCAGAGAGCUCAAACUCCUCACAGACCUGAACUUCAUUCAGGCCCCUCUCGCUCCUGUGAUCGACACCCAGCGAACCCUUGCCUACGACCAGCUGUUCCUCUGUUGGCGGUUGCCUCAAGACUCCUCUCCUGCCUGGCAUUUUUCUGUGGAGUUCCGGCGGCGUGGGGUGGUGCCAGGGGGCGGGGCUAGAGGAGGGAUUCACGGGGGAUUGGCUGCCGCUCGCUGGGGCUGGCAGAGAUUGGAGGAGGUGACUGGGACCUGCGCUGUGAUUGACAGGCUGGAGAUGGACAGUGUGUAUGUGCUGAGGGUGAGAGGCUGCAAUAAGGCCGGCUUCGGAGAAUACAGUGAGGAAGUAUAUUUACACACACCACCAGCUCCAGUGUUGAAUUUUUACCUGGACUCUCGUUGGGGUCUGCACGCGGACAGACUGGUGGUGAGUAAGGAGCAGCGUUGUGCCCGCAGUGUGCCCGGUCUGUCCCUGCUGCAGGCCGCCGAUCGGGCCCUCACUUCCUGUCACCUGACAGCUGAUCUGCUCGUGGGGGACGUGGCCAUAACGCAGGGCCGACACUAUUGGGCAUGCUCAGUGGAGCCAGGCUCAUAUCUGGUCAAGGUUGGAGUGGGCCUGGAGUCUAAACUUCAAGAGUGGUUUCAUCUGCCUCAAGACAUGGCUAGUCCAAGAUAUGAUCCAGACAGCGGCCAUGACAGUGGAGCCGAGGAUUCGUCAGAUUCCCCUCCCCCUUUCGCUUUCCUCACAAUGGGCAUGGGCAAGAUCUACCUGCCCUCCUCCGCCAACUCCCAUCACGGCAGAGAAUCUGGCUUCACUAAUGGCAACAGCCCUUCUUCGCCAACCGGCGUUACCUAUCCAUUGCCUCCGAGACUAGGAGUUUGUCUCGACUUUGAGAAGGGCCGUGUCACGUUUUACGAUGCCCACUCUCUCCGCCCACUAUGGGAGGGACCUGUGGACUGCUCCGCCCCCGUGUGCCCUGCAUUCUGUUUCAUUGGAGGCGGAGCUCUGCAGCUACAGGAGCUAGUAGCCAAUCGCAACGCAAAUCAAACCCCUGUAAGACGAGUCACCAUUCAGUCACGUGUUACCAAACUGAACUGAACUCUGAUUGAUUAUUGUUUUUAUAAUUCGAUUUUAAGAGACGGUUGUUUUUAAUUGCACCCAACAUAAACCUCUGAUUAUUUUUCUUUU